AUUUCCACUUUAUUUACAGUCUUGCUCCCCACCUCUCUCAUCUAUAUCUGACACAUCCUCUCUCUCAUUUCUUUGGUUUCUCCGGUUUUUCAUCAAUGGCGAGAGGUUCUUCCCAGUCCCAGUCCCAGUCCUCCACCUCCUCCACGAGUUCGCGCCCUGGCCUCAUGGCUCCCCGUGGCUCAUCUGCGGCCACGGCGGGCAUGCGUCGCCGCCGAAUCGCUGGAGGCAACUCCUCAUCCGGCUCUGGCGCAGUCGGUGGUUCAGGACCGAGCAACAUGCUCCGCUUCUACACCGAUGAUGCCCCUGGCCUCAAGAUCUCCCCCACUGUCGUUCUUGUCAUGAGCGUUUGCUUCAUCGGCUUCGUCACCGCUCUCCACGUAUUUGGAAAGUUUUACCGCUACCAAUCCGGUGCCUGAACCCUAACAUCCUUACUCUGGUCGAAUCCUAUACUAUUUCGAUUCUGUCUUUUUUAAUUUUGGAUGCUCUGUACAUUAUGUCAGGGUUGUAGUGGAUAAAGUUUUCUUGAUGUUGACUUUGGCGUGAAAUCGCUUUAGAUUUUACUUUGAAGGAAGAGAAAUGAGUUUUCAACUUCUCUUCGUCUCGAUCUA